AUGGAUACGGGAAGAUCGGAUUUAGGUGAGCGCUUCGCCAUUACCGGCCAUACAAUUGACCGGAAUGCAACGGGAAUGCUAACCUCAUAUGGAGAGAACACCAGAAAACGGAAGAUCAGGGAGGCUGUGGACAUCAUCUUUCAAAGAAACCUAAUGAAUAGGAGAUUAAAAAAGGCAAGAGUCAGCGAUACUUUCGCGUACUGCCUGAGAAGACAUAAAAAAAAGACGCUUGAACCCAGGACAACUGUUCAACAAGAUGAAGAAACAGCGUCAAGGUGCGGCGCAUGA